GCACCAGUGCCCCCUCCCAAAUUCUCCUAAUUCAAUAUUGCAAUCCAUCCGAACGGUCAAGAAUUCCACUUCUUAAUGUGCCUCUAUAACGACCAUUGUUCUUCGCCACGUCUUUCUCCCAUGGCUUCGAACAAAAUUCUCUUUGACUAAAACAACGUCAGGUGUUCUUGGAGUUUUGAUUGUUUAUUUGGGGAUAGUGCAAUCAGAUCAGUACAACUUUAAUUCUGGCGACGAUCUCUCAACGAUAACCCACCCCGACGAUGAUAAGCCUUACAAGAGUCUGGCGCCACAACUAUAAAAACCACCCUUCCAAUUCAAUAUUAUAACUUUGUCGAUGGACACGGCAGAUUUGUUCAGACAAGCCUUAGGCUCUGUCAAUAGAGCUCGCGAUGCGAAGUCCCUUCACGCAAGAGAGAGUUCGCACGAAAGCGAGGAUAAUUCACCGAGGAUCGCACAUACCUUGACUGCUUGUUGCAGAUGCCGCCAGAGGAAAACAAGGUGUGAUCCCAACCUACCACGAUGCCUGCCUUGCGAGCGUGCGGGGGCAGUGUGCGAGUACUUCGAUACGACGAAAGGCAAGAAAAUCUCUAGGACAUAUGUGAUAAAACUGCAAGAAAAAGUUCGCGCACUGGAGAUGGAACUUAGUCAAUUGGUUGAAGAAGAGGGGAAUUCCCCAGACUCGGAAGAUAUUGUACGCCCUGGAGGCUUGAUCCGACUCAACGACGAUGAUGAGACGCCGCGAUUCUUAGGGCCCUCGAGUGGCAUUGCGAUGACUCGGAUAGUGAUGGAGGAGGCAAAGAAAUACACAGAUACCAGGAGUAUACGAGAGCUCGUGCCUGAAGUGCGACAACGUCGAACUCCUGCACAGUCGCCAGAUACAGUCUCGGAACGAAAGAAAUCUUACCCUAUGAUUUCUGCUGUACCGGCGCCAACAUUACCAAGCCGGCUAGUGACCGAUAAAUUGGUGGAGGUAUUUAGUCAGAAAGCCUUAUCACAUAUGGCCGAUUGUGAGCUCGAUUUUGGCUUUUACCCUCCUCCGCAUUGUGACGUUGAACUCCUCUAAUUUUCGCUAACCACAACACAGCCCAGUAUAUGCUCCCUACUUUACACGAGCCCACGUUCGCCAAGAAUCUUCAAGAAGUUUAUGAUGGAGAUAACGAUCCAUACAAGAAUUUCGUCCUUCGCAUGGUUCUGGCUAUAAGCAUGCAAAAGCUGGACCUGCAGUAUGCAGGCCUUGCUGAUAGCUAUUAUCUGGCUGCUAUGGGAUACAUUGAAGAUGUUAUAAGAGCGAAAGACAUCAAGACACUACAGUGCCUUGUUCUGAUCGCCCAAUAUUCUAUGCUUACACCCACUCGCACUGCUAUAUACUAUAUUGUUGGACUUGCCACGAGACUGUGCCAACAGUUAGGUCUAGCUGAAGAAAAGACCAUUACUCAAGGAGUAUCUAUCGGACUAGUUGAUCCUCUACAACUUGAUAUGCGGCGAAGGCUCGCUUGGAUUGUUCUAUCUAUGGAGCUUGGCUUAGCGCAGUCGAUGGGCAGACCAAAUGCUUUCGCAACUGGGAGAGACCACUUGGACAUACAGUUCUUCCAAACAGUAGAUGAUGAGUACAUAACAUCUAAUGGUGUCCUUCCUGGUCCCAUGUCAGAUAAGAAGCGGUUAGCCAUCCAUUUCUUUCGGAUGAGACUGUUGCAAGCAGAAAUUCGAAGAACGCUUUAUUUGCGAAAAAGAACCGAGCCGAAGAAUGAGGAGCAUCCUUGGUAUGCCCAGAUGCUUCAGAAAUUGGGAGAUUGGCUCGAGGCUUCUCCUGAAAAGCCCCCAUGGAGCAAAACUUGGUUUAAUGGGAGGUAUAAUACAAUGAUUAUCUUUUUGUUUCGUCCUUCACCUCAGGUUCCCCAGCCAUCCUAUCAUUCCGCGAUAAUGUGUUAUGACGCAGCUUCAAGUAAUAUUAGGACGCAAAGCGAUCAAAUAAAAACUGCCAUGAUAGACCUGACAUGGCCAUUCCUCCUAUCGCUAUUCAUGGCUAUAAACACAGUAUUAUGGUCUAUUUCAUAUUCUGAAGUACGUGCUCUUCAUACGAAGGAAGAGCUUGAAGAGCACAUUUCUCUAGCUUUAGACAUCGUUGCACGUUCUCGCGAACGGUGGCCAGGAACUCAAGCAACAUCGGAACUUUACAUGACUCUCACCAAGGCAUGUCUCAAAAGCUAUGAGCUUGGCGAUAAUUCGCUUUCAUCCUUUUCUGCCACUUCCCCAUCGCUAACAGACGCAAACUCGCCGUCUGCAUCCGAACACUCUAGCGCAACAUCAACCUCACUUCCUCAAUCGCAGCAUAAUGCACAGCUUAACAAUGCAUAUCAAUCCCCCCCACGAUUCGGAUACGUCUUCAACCAAAUGCCAGAGCAGAUACCUCCAUAUGACUACAACCAUCCGUUACCUCCACUGCAACCGUCCUUUCGGUCCAAUUCAAUCUUUGUGAGUCCCUCUAGUGGACAGUCCGAUCGUCGAUUCAGCUAUUUUCCACCAGAAUUUACACAACCACAGCAGCCACAAUCUUAUCCUAUGCCUUGGACACCUGUCUCAAAUACACAGCAGCAUCAGAUGCCACCUCAAGCGCCGCUGCCACCAAUGCAGCAGUCGUUAGUAAAUAAUAUGCCUUAUUUUUCGCAACCUGAAUACUACAGCUUUCCACCUCAUUUGUUCUCACAGGACAACCUCGAAGCAGGACUGAGAUCAGGCAGUUUGAGUCAAGAGCAACAAACAGAAUUGAUGCACAGCUUAGAGACUGAAGGAUUAACGGAGAUUAACAACUUUAUGAAUCCCGUCCCACAGUAUGAGCACCCCAUCAAAUAUGAACAAUGAUCUGAUUGAUGGAUAACCUUUGGGGUUAGGUUUCGAUCAUAAGUAGCAGAGUAAAAAAACAAUGUCUGUAUCAUGGCCACGCUCCCCGCGGCGCUUAAAUGUGUUAUUGCGAUUUGCCAUUUUAUUUAAUAUUCACAUCGAGAUCAGCGAACGAGCUACGAAAUCAUUACUCGGUGUUAGGUGUUGAGUGCUGGGUUUUACAGAAGGGGUCAACUUCACAGUGUCAUGGGCUCUUUACACAUAUAUCUAUCAUUCAAAUCUUCAUGUCGAAAACUGUACUCUACGUAGCUACUCAUGAAAUGCA